UUUCAUCAAUGAUUGCGUCUCUGCUUUGGCUUCAAAAUACUCAUCAACACGCUUUCCUCUGUUCCUUCGCUUCUCUUCUCUCUCCAGGGGUUCUCGCAAGGGCAGAGAGAGCGAGGGGGUGAAGAGGAGGUCUGGAACAAUGUCUCUUCGGCCAAAUUCUCGAACAGAGGUCCGCAAGAAAUCUUACAAGACGGGCGUUGAUGCAGAUGAAGCUCGGCGAAGAAGAGAAGACAAUCUCGUCGAGAUCAGAAAGAACAAACGAGAAGAUAAUCUCCUUAAGAAACGCCGAGAAGGGCAGCUUCUAUCUCAACAAGCAAUCGAACCUUCUCAAUCCGCGCAAGGGAUCGAGAGAAGGUUGGAAAGUCUUCCUGUAAUGGUACAAGGAGUAUGGUCUGAUAAUCCUGUUUCACAAUUGGAAGCAACCACUCAAUUCCGGAAGCUUCUAUCAAUUGAACGCAGUCCUCCCAUUGAGGAGGUAAUCAAUGCAGGUGUUGUCCUUAGGUUUGUGGAAUUUCUUGAAAGGCUUGAUUUGCCUCAAUUGCAAUUUGAGGCAGCAUGGGCAUUGACCAAUAUUGCAUCUGGGACAUCGGAGCAUACUCGAGUUGUAAUUGAGCAGGGUGCUGUCCCUAAGUUUGUGCAACUUCUUAGCUCUUCAAGUGAUGAUGUUCGGGAACAGGCUGUAUGGGCCUUGGGUAAUGUGGCCGGUGACUCUCCAAGUUGUAGGGAUCUUGUUCUGAGUCACGGUGCUCUCAUGCCAUUACUGGCUCAGCUAAAUGAACAUUCUAAACUCUCCAUGCUAAGAAAUGCAACUUGGACUUUAUCGAACUUCUGCCGUGGCAAGCCACCAGCUCCAUUUGAGCAGGUGAAGCCUGCUUUGCCAGCACUUCAGCACCUUAUCCACUCAACUGAUGAUGAAGUUCUAACGGAUGCAUGUUGGGCUCUCUCAUACCUUUCUGAUGGCACGAAUGACAAAAUUCAGGCUGUGAUUGAGGCAGGUGUCUGUCAACGCCUAGUGGAGCUUCUCCUUCAUCCAUCACCAACAGUUCUUAUUCCCGCUCUUCGCACAAUCGGAAACAUCGUCACAGGAGAUGAUGCUCAGACACAGUUUGUAAUUGACAACCAAGUGCUCCCUUGCCUCUUUCAACUUCUCACUCAAAAUCACAAAAAAAGCAUCAAGAAAGAAGCAUGUUGGACAAUCUCAAACAUCACUGCCGGGAAUAGAGGUCAGAUACAGGCUGUUAUUGAUGCCAACAUUAUCCUCCCUCUAGUACAGCUUCUUCAACAUGCAGAAUUUGACAUCAAGAAAGAAGCUGCCUGGGCUAUUUCAAAUGCUACCUCUGGGGGAUCCCAUGAGCAGAUCCAAUAUUUGGUGAGCCAGGGCUGCAUCAAGCCACUCUGUGAUCUUCUCAUCUGUCCAGAUCCUAGGAUCGUGACAGUUUGCCUCGAGGGACUUGAAAACAUUUUAAAGGUGAGUGAGGCUGACAAAGAGAUGGGGAAGAAUGAUGGAGUCAAUAUCUACGCACAAAUAAUUGAUGAAUGUGAGGGUUUGGAUAAGAUUGAGAAUCUCCAAAACCACGAUAACAAUGAGAUCUAUGAGAAGGCUAUGAAGAUCUUGGAGAGAUACUGGGUUGACGAUGAAGAGGAAGAACAGAAUAUUCAAGAUGGUGGGGAGGCUGCUCAACGAAACUUUGCUUUUGGAACUAACCAGCCUAAUAUUCCAUCUGGUGGUUUCAAUUUUGGUUGAAGCAAGUUGGAUGUAGUGUUUAAUUGUGUAUUUUUUAGGUGUCAAGUCUGUUGCAGGAAAACAACUACAUGAAUCAGGAUUUUUGCUCUGGCUCUAGGUAGAUUCCUAAUGGAUGCUGACAAGGUUUUAAGUGUUUGAACUCGUUGUUUUCA